CUCUAAUUCGAUGUACAUAGUUCCCGAAUUACUGGAAGAAAUUUUCCUUCGAUUGCCCUUGAAAUCAAUCCUCAAAUUCAAAACCGUCUCAAAACAAUGGAGAUCAGUCCUGGAAUCGAAAAUGUUCGUGGAAAAGCGUAUGAAUGCUUCAAAGAGUGGAAAAAUAAUAGCUGCUUACAACUGCGACUGUGGCGACCGGCCGAGAAUCAUCCACGAGGCCCGGUUAGGGGACCAAGUGUUCGUCUAUCUACACUGCUUCAACGCACGACCCUCGAUGAUUUGCGACUCACGACCCUUGUUGACUUGCGACGGUUUGGUCUGCAUAGCUGAACCAGAUUCCAUCAUCGUUUUGAACCCCUCGACCGGACAACUCUUGCGGUUCCCAGAACCAUUGUCCUCCCGAUUUAUAAACGGAGAAGGGUCGGAUUUCUAUAGGGGAAAUUGGGUAAUGGGAUUUGGUAGAGACAAAGUUACGGGGAGCUAUAAAGUAACGAAGAUGUGCCUUCUACCUAGAGAGGAAGGAUGCGAUGUUCUUGAUGUUGAAACUGGUCAAUGGAAGAACCUGAGUCUACCUACUUAUAUGGCCCAGGUGGGAAGAAAAUCCGUGUCUGUUAAUGGAUCCAUCUAUUGGUUAUCCACUGGGUCGUAUCUCGUUACAAGUGUUCACGGAAUUCUAGCACUGGAUCUUCACAAAGAAGAGUUCCAUUAUGUCUCUGUUCCGGAUAAGUGGGUCAAGCAAAGUACCCUGAUAGCCAACCUUGAUGACCGUCUAACCAUAGCCAAUACGCCUACGUCUGUUUAUUCUGACUGGAGACUAGAGAUAUGUAGCAUGAAUGCACAUGAAGAAAUAUGGAGCAAGACUUACUCCAUAAGUCUAGAUGGUCUUCUAGCUUUUAAGCUACCACGUUCAAGGUGGUGCAUGUGGUUCACGCCGCUGGCUGUUUCCAAGGAGGGGGAUCUUAUCUUUUAUAACAAUUACCAAUGGUUGUUCAAAUAUUGCCCAGAGACACGUGAGCUUCAUUAUCUCUCCUCUGAUAUAUGUGUUAUAUCUCCUUACCUCGAGAAUUUGGUCCCACUUCGGUCAGAGUCUGGACAUCAUCCGGAUCCGAAUGAUAAUAAAGUCAGGACAUCUAGCUGCGGAUUUUUUACCAAGCAUCCGGAGCCAGGCUCCGGGAUAUCCAAGUUUUUCAAAAGGAUCGGACUUGGGAUCCCAGAGAUUGUGUUUACCACUCUAGUUAUAGUUCACAUUUGGAUAACUCUCUAACACUUGCUUAUUAUGUAGUCUCUACUAUUUUUUUUGGUUCAGCUUUGUUCUCUUUUUAAAAUUGAAAAUCUGUUGAGUCAAAUCAAAUGGUGACAAAGGCUUA